CCUUCAUAUGAUCUUUACAGGAACUUGAAGUCUGUCACGUGUAUAGAAUGAAAACAACUUUGAUAUCAAAACACAAUUAAAACGGACGAAUAUAUUAUUUAUCUCAGCAGAAAAUCUUAAGCGAUGGCAAGGAGGGUUUUAUAUCCUCUCUAUCAGUUUGGGAAUCCCCAGUUAAGGGUGUUUCGGCCAAACUUCUUCCUGACGCUAGUGAGACCAGGACGAGAGCAGCCCCCAGACACUGUGCAGUUUCGCAUCCCCAUUGAGAUGACAAAAUUUGAUGUGAAGAACUACCUGCAGAAGAUCUACAGCGUGCCUGUGGCCACAGUGCGGACCAGGAUCCAGUACGGUACUAAUAAGAAGAGGAACCACCUGAACCAGCGUGUGAAGACGCCGGAUUACAAAGUAGCAUACGUUCAGCUGGGACAGCAGCAGACCUUCGAGUUCCCAGACAUCUUCCCUGAGAAGGACACAAAGGCGGCUGAGGGCUCCAUGGAGGAUCUGCAGGACAAGUUCAUGGAGGACGAGAAGCAGCGGCAGAAAGGAGACCCCAGACGCGGUGGCGUGACCGACUGGUUCGGCCUGUGAGGGUUCACCAAGUGAACUGUGACGCGCGCCGAAACGCGCUUCCCUGUCUGCGACGCACCAGCGACGGCGUAGCGCGGGAACAGAGUCACGCCCCUCCUCCUCCUCCUCCUCCUCACAUGACUCCUGAGGACCCACCCCUGUCCUGCCGCACGUCAGCCGGUUUGAGUCUCUGUCACCAUAAAGUAGCCAAACUCCAAAACAAGUUAUUUAAAAAAAAUAAUCAUAUUUUUUUGUCUGUAGGAGCCAGGCUCAAAGACCGAAUCUCAGCCACAGGAGAUAAUACACCAUCUCCAAUAAUGGUAAAGGAAUGGAGACUUGGGAAGGGUAGCGCACAGAUAGAGAACAUUAUAGUGAUGCCAUUUCACUGCAGUUCUGUGGCAGAAGUCAGUUUUUUCAUAAGGCUGUUGGAAAAUUGUAAUUGUUGGGGGAUGCGUAGGCCAGCCGGAUUAAAAGAAACACAACCUAAUUUUCUCAAGCAUGGACAUUGCAUAUGAAGAAUGGGCAUCUCUGUGAUAAUCUUACUUUCCUAAACACUGAGAAGAGUGGUAUUAAUUAGAUGGCUGUUUCACUUCUGUACAAUUUUCAUGAAGUCAUUUAUCUUGUUCUCUACAGUCUGUCGAUGAUGUUUUUGGAAAUAAAAUAACAAAGAAAGUU